AGUACGGUUUGUGUCCGUAUUUAAAGGCGCCAACAAAGACUAAUUCAGGAGCAGCUUCACAAACCCGCCACAGACACACGCAUCAUCCAACAGUACAGUUCAGCUUAGUUUAUUUAACGCGUUAAAAUGCCCGAAGAAACCGGAGCUACUUCAACCGCCGAAAGUAUGGAAGAGAAACCUUGCUCCUCAAGCACUGGAGACAGCUCUGUUGACGUCGCUGAGGAAGCAAAGAAGCUGAUUGGCACUGGAAAUCGGCACUUAGUGAUGGGUGAUGUUGUGUCUGCAGUCAGUGUGUUCCAGGAGGCUUGUGCCAUGCUAGCUGAGAAGUAUGGAGACACUGCUGACGAAUGUGGUGAAGCUUUUUUCUUUUGUGGGAAGGCCCUUCUGGAGCUUGCCAGGAUGGAGAAUACAGUGCUUGGUAAUGCUUUAGAAGGAGUCCCAGAAGAAUCCUCUGAGGAGGGUGAGAAACAGGAUGACUCGAAGAUUGAAAGUGCUGACAACUUGGAUGAGAAAACCAGGGAUGAACUUCGAGCACAGGUUUAUGAUGCCAUGUCAGAGGACAAAACUCAGUCAGAGGUAGAAAAAGAGGAAUGUGGUGAAGGCAAGCAGAACAACCAAGAUGAAGUUAAGAAGCAGGUGAAGGUAGAUGAAGCACCAAAGGAAGCAGAUACUGCGUCAGCUGAAACAGAGAAACCAAUUGAAGAUGAGGCAAAACCUCCUGAAAAUGAGAAACCAGUCGAAAAUGAGGUGAAACCUGCAGAGAGUGUGAAACCAGCUGAAGAUGAGGCAAAACCUGCAGAGAAUAAGGAGCAAAUGGCUGUAGAUGAGUCACAACCCACAAAGAAUCUGGAGAAGAUGGCUGCAGAUGAGGCAAAACCUGCAGAAAAUGAGAAACCAGCUGAAGACGAGGCAAAACCUGAAGAGAAGCAAGCUGAAGAUGAGGCAAAAGGGGCAGAAGACGAGGCAAAACCUGUAGAGAAUAAGAGGCCAGCUGAAGAUGAGGCGAAACCAGUUGAUGCAGAUGAGAAAUCAAAGGGUGAGGAUGAAGGCGCUUCUGCAAAUAAAGUCACUGUAUCAAACGGAGUUACUGAAAAGGCUGAAGAUGAAAAUGUUGAAGGGAAAAAUGGAAGUGAGGAUACUGAAGAGCCCAUGGAGGAAGAUGGAGGUGAUGACGAUGGUGAGGAUGAGGACGACGAUGAGGAGGAUGAUGAUGCAGAGGGUGAUGCCAAGGAUAAGGAGAGUGAGGAGGAUGAAGUUGGAAACCUGCAGUUGGCCUGGGAGAUGCUCGAAGUUGCAAAAGUUAUUUAUAAAAGAAAAGAUGAUAAAGAAGAUCAGUUGAUGGCAGCACAGAUUUACCUGAAACUUGGAGAAGUUGGAGCUGAAUCAGGAAACUACAGUCAGGCUCUGGACGACUUCAAUGAGUGUUUAACCCUGCAGCUCAAGCACCUUCCUUCUCAUAGUCGUCUUUUGGCUGAGACUCAUUACCAGUUGGGCACCACUUACAGUUACACCACACAAUACAACCAAGCCAUAGAGCACUUCUCCAACUCCAUCAAAGUCAUCGAGAGCCGUCUUGCUAUGCUUCAGGAGGUGAUUGACAAGGCCGAAGGUGAAGAGGCAGCAAAGGAAGAGAAGGGCGAGUUUGAGGAGUUGAAACAGUUGCUGCCAGAAAUUAAAGAGAAGAUUGAAGAUGCCAAGGAGAGCCAGAGGACUGCUGCUGCAGCUUCAGAGGCCAUCCAUCAGACUCUAGCAGGAGCAUCCACAUCAUCUGCAUUCCCUGCUGAGAAUGGUGGCCCGUCUUCAUCUACUGCUAGUCAGAUUUCUGUGAGACCAGCUGAUGGUGCCUCUUCCUCAAAAUCUGCAUCUGAUAUUUCUCACCUUGUCCGCAAGAAGAGGAAACCAGACGAGGAGAGUCCAAAAAAGGACAGUGAUGCUAAAAAGACUAAACAGGACACCUCAGUUAAUGGCAGCGACGACUCCGCCCACAACGGCAAUGGAGUCCAGGAGAAAAUGGAACAGGAGCCAGCCAACUCUUCUGUGGAGACCUCCGCGUGAUGGGCAUCUUCUGAUUUGACUCCUUACCUUCCAACCAGCAGAGCAUGCCUGCCUCGUUUACUCCAUGAACAACUUGUCUCUGUUUUGUAAAUAACCAGAUUUCUUUGUUCGAUUUUUGUAUACUUGUAGUAAACUUUCAUUAAAGGAAAUUUGCAAAUGUGA